CACACCAACUCCUCUACACAAUGCAUUGACAAGACUUUCAAAAUGUGCGGUCGAUACGCGCUGGCCUUGCGGCCAUCAGAGGUGAGACGACAACUCGAACAAUCGCAUAUGCCCGUCGAAGAGGCACCGGAGGACGAGGAUAGUGUCCGAGAGACCUACAACUUUGCCCCAGGCUAUCAUGGCCUCGUAUAUCGUGCUCACGGGCCUGAAUAUGGGGGCAGAAAGGAAGGCGAAGAGAAGGAGUUUAGUGACCAUCAAGAUGGGCUGAGCACAGAGACGAGUAAAGAGGCUGCAGCCUCAGAAGUCUCCUCUAAGGGCCACAAAGACACCAAGUACAAGCUGCAGGCUAUGAGAUGGGGCCUCAUUCCCUUCUGGACGAAGCGCAACCCUGACUACGGGUCGAUGAUGAAGACGAUUAAUUGUCGCGACGACUCUCUGAUUGAAGAUCGCGGCAUGUGGACGAGUAUGAAGAGGAAGAAGAGGUGCAUUGUGGUUGCACAGGGCUUCUACGAAUGGCUCAAGAAGCCCGGUAGCAAGGAGAAGAUUCCACACUUUGUUAAGCGCCGCGAUGGGCAGCUGAUGUGCAUGGCGGGGCUGUGGGAUUGCGUCCAGUAUGAAGACUCCAACGAGAAGAUCUAUACCUAUACCAUCAUUACAACCAACUCCAACAAACAGCUCAGCUUCCUGCACGACCGCAUGCCGGUUAUCUUGGACAACGGGUCGGAGGCUAUCAGGACCUGGCUGCACCCGGAGCGCACCGAGUGGAGCAACGAGCUGCAAUCUCUCCUGAAACCAUUUGAAGGGGCGCUGGAAUGCUAUCCGGUGAGCAAGGAGGUGGGCAAGGUGGGCAACAAUUCACCGUCCUUUGUCAUUCCCGUCAACAGCGCCGAAAACAAGAGCAAUAUCGCCAACUUCUUUGGGAACCAACGAAAGAAGGGCAAGACGUCUAUGGAAAAGGAAACUGCCAAAAAGGAGGGGGAGGUGAAGGACUUGCCCUGUCCGGGAAUCAAGGCCGAGCACGACAUCGGUGAGACUCGUGAGACGACGUUCCAGAUGGAAGGUACCGAAGAUAACGCGCCGUUACCUAUCCCAGGAAGGGGCCCGUCUGAGGGCAUGCAGGGCGUCAAGCGGGAGCACGGAGAGGUCGAGGAUGAAGGUGACACAGCCGAGAAUGCACCACCGCCGAAGCGGAGGAUCGACGCACCAACCGGGCGAGCAUGGCAGUCGCCUAGCAGAAAGGCGGGAAAGGGUUCAACGACUCCCACAAAGCCACCGGCAAAGUCUUCGAAGACACACAGCGCCACGAGUAAUGCCAGUGCAGCGAAGGCGAGUCCUGCCAAGGGCGACGGCAACCGGAAGAUUACAUCGUUUUUCGGCAAGUGAGGUUGGACGCCUAUCCAUAUGGAUACCAGAAUUACCUAUGUUGAUCAUAUCUUGUUGGGCGACCGCGCUUUGGGGUUCGGUGAAGGCGAAGGUCGGAUACGUGUUGUAUGUGGCUCUGUCUGGAUUGUCUUGGAAACGCCUAU